AUGAGCGACCACUUCAUGCUCUCGAGUUCGCCGCGCGCCAAGCAGCAGGCAGGAUUGCGGCAGUGGUACCUUGGCGACGCCGACAUGGCACCCAAGCGCUUCUGCGGCGGCCGGCUCAAGCGCGGGCCGUUCAUCUGCCUCCACGUGUCCAUCGCGAUCAUUCUCAUCUUGCUCAUCGUGAUUCCGAUCCUCACCGCCGUCGUCGUGCCCCGCAGCAUCCAAACCAAGUUUGCAGCGUCGCUCGGCGGAUCGAGUGCAUCCAGCACGACCGUCUUUGCCGUGACCAACAGCGCGAACGGCGAGUUUAACGUGACGGCGACGAUCUCGGCAGCGACCUUCCUGCCGGGCACGGCGACGAUCGACGGGCCAUUCACGCUCGCGCUCUCGGACGCCUCGGGCAAAGGCUGGGCGACGAUCACGGUCGCCGACGCUGUCUCGUUUCCGAUCAACCACGAUGCGACCGUGACGCUCUCGGCGCGCCUUGUCGUCUACGACACGCCGUCGCCGGCGUUGCUCACGGCCUUCGCCUCGUCAAAAGAGCUCGCGACGACCGUCACCACGUCCUGGACGAUCCGGCUUUGGGGCUUUGUGUGGUACCGGGAUCUCUCGCUGCAGGGCGUGCACACGGUGCGCACGAACAACUCGUUCAACGGGAUGUUUGCCUCGGCGUUUGCGCCGACGUCGUCGGCGACCGCCAAGACGACCGUCGCGUUUCUGGCCAACGGCGUCAACAACUUUCGCGUCACGACGACGAUUGCGCCGCUCUCGACGCUGCCCGGUACGAUCACGAUCGCGUCGCCGCUCGUCUUUUCGGUCGCCGAUUCGACGGGCGCGGGCUGGGCCAAUGUCAGCUUCUUGGACCCGAUUGCAUUGCCACUGUAUGCGCCGGCGUCGCUGGCGCUUGACGGACAGCUCAAGGUCUAUCGCUUCCCAAGUGCGAUCUCGCUCUACGGGCGCGUGUGGUACACACGCCUGCCUCUCCAAGCCGACGUCAACAUCAAUUCGCUCCUUGGCUCGACGAUCUGGAGCGCGAUCACGAGUCUCUUGUCGUAAAGAUGGAGCUUUGUGCUCUUUGAAUACUAUGUGCGUUCUCAACGCGCAGUCUUGUUUCUGGAACGAAAUGCGAGGCAAAGCCCAUCGUGACCGACCAGACGGCGAAAGAC